CUGGCUCCUUUACAUGAUGUUUCUUGUUCUGUAAUAUACUUUUGUAAUUUGUGUAUUAGGAUGAAUGAAUGAAUUUGUGUAUUAUUUGUUUGAAUUGCAUUUAGAGAAAACAAACAAACAAAAAAAUCGUUUCGGGAUUACAGAUUCCCCGAGUUCUGCAAGUGUACCUGAACGCACCACACGGAUGUUCGUGCGUCACGUCUUGCGGAAGUAAACAACAGCUGACGUGGAGCAGCAGACGGACUGAACUAACCAGACCCGACUCAACUGGAUUAGGGAAACAUUUGUCGUAUCAGUCUCUGUCUUGUUGUGUUAUAAGUUAAACUGUGUCUGUCGGCGUCGUCUGGACUCCUGGAAUAACUGACGGUCCGUGUUAGAAGCUUCUCUGUGCGGCAAGAUGGCGGCAGCUGAGGAGGCCAGCAAGCCGUUCGCCGGGCUGUCCGACGUCUCUAUCUCGGAGGACAUCCCGGUGGAGGGGGACAUCUCUGUGCCCGUCGGGUCGUCUAGGAGAGACGAUGAGUUCUCCACGCUGGACGAGCCGGUGAAGGAGACCAUCCUGCGGGACCUGCGGGCGGUGGGGAAUAAGUUUGUCCACGUGCUGUACCCGAAGCGGAGCUCGGCUUUGCUGCGGGACUGGGACCUGUGGGGUCCGCUGCUGCUCUGCGUGACGCUGGCCUUGCUGCUGCAGGGCGGCGCGGCCGACAGCGACGACCAGGGAGGGCCGCAGUUCGCUGAGGUCUUUGUCAUCGUCUGGUUCGGCUCCAUCAUCAUCACCCUCAACUCUAAGCUGCUGGGCGGCACGAUCUCCUUCUUCCAGAGCCUAUGUGUGUUGGGAUACUGCAUCAUGCCUCUGACAGUGGCCAUGGUCGUGUGCCGGAUCGUUUUGAUGGGCGGCUCGGGGGCGGUCAGCUUCGCCGUGCGGCUGGCAGUCGUGACAGUGUCCUUUGGAUGGUCCACAUUUGCCUCCACGGCCUUCCUUGCAGACAGCCAGCCUCCCAACCGUAAGGCGCUGGUGGUGUACCCUGUGUUCCUCUUCUACUUCGUGAUCGGGUGGAUGAUCCUGACGUUCUCGCCCUCACAGUAGAGGAGAAACAAAGGGGACUGGAUUUGAGUUGAAUCGAUGAAGAUGAAGGAGGUUUUUACAGAGUGAAAGAACUCAAAACAACCACCAGAAUCUGCCUUUGAAUGAGGAUGAACGACUACUGAAGAGACCAGGUGUUUCUGAGCCCCUGAAACAGCAUUUAGACUCAUGGGACACCAAAGUUACUCCUUCAGCAGAAGCAGUGGCUCGUACUCAGAUGCAAAGAAGUCGAGUCGAGACCAUGCUGCAGUUGGAGUGUGAAAAAGCUGAUGAAUAUGUUUGGAUUUUUCCAGUUUGUCUCCUAAAAUAUGUUUACGAGCUGUGUAAAAUAAAAUCCAUAGGCUUGUA